AGGCCAAUGGGCUAUCAUGCUUAUUUUGCAUUUUUUGUGAUAAGUUCUGUGCUUGGAAAAGCAUCAUCAUGUUUUUGUGAACAUUAUCCAUGGUCAUCUUGGUCAAGCUGUUCGAAAACAUGUGAACAUGGGACACAGAGCAGAUCACGACAUAUAGUCUACAAUGAAUACUUCCACAAAAACAAUUGUGAUCAAUUGUGUACCAAGCGUGAGACUCGAUCCUGCAAUGAGCAGCCAUGUCCAAUCAAUUGCAGAAUUGGUGAUUUUGGAGCAUGGUCUGAUUGUGAUCCUUGCCUCAGAAAGCAGUUCCGCACACGUGCUCUAGAACGCCCUGCUCAGUUUGGUGGAGAAAUCUGUACAGGACAGUUGGUUGAUUCCCGAGAAUGCAUCCCAUCUAAGAUUUGCAACAUUGAAGAACUUGACUGUGAAAGAAAAUUUAAAUGCAACACAGGUCGAUGUAUCGCCUUAAAUCUCAAGUGUAACGGAGAUAAUGACUGUGGUGAUAAUUCUGAUGAAAGAAAUUGUAGGAAAAAGCCAGAGAUAAAAAGAAACUUUGAGAACAUCCCUGGAUCUCAACUGAUGGGAAAUGGGUUUAAUUACCUAUCUGGCGAAAGCCUAGGAGAAGUUCUUGAUAACACAUUUUAUGGUGGAAAGCAAGUUACGGCAUUGGGGAAUGGAACCGGACUAAACAGAAAGUUAUACCGUGUCCCAGCCAAUAUAGAAAGCAUAAAAUUUCAGCUAGAAAACGAAGAAGAUGAUGUAGUAUCAGAAUUCUACAAUAGUUUGAAGGAUUUCAAAGAUGACAAAGACUUGAAGGGCUCACACAGCGGGUCUCGCGGGAGCUCUGCUGGUAUCCCUUUACUUUUUCAUGCAAAAAGUAAUACCAAAUUAACUUACUCUUCAUCAUUUCGGGAAGCUAUAAAAGCUUCACAAAAUAAGAGUUCAAAUUUUAUCAGGAUCAAUAAAGUGAUAUCGGUUUCAAAAUUUAAAACAAUAAAGAGUGAUCUCUGGCUGUCGGAUGUUUUCCUAAAGGCCCUUAACCACCUUCCCUUGGAGUACAAUUAUCCUCUGUAUAGCAGAAUAUUUGAUAACUUUGGUACCCAUUACAUCACAUCAGGCUCCAUGGGUGGUUCAUAUGACCUUCUUUAUCAGUUUAGCUCAGAAGAUCUGAAAAACUCAGGAUUAACCCAGAAAGAAUCAGUUGAAUGUAGCAGAACAGAAACAACUUAUCGUAUUUUUUUUAUAAAAAAGAAAAAGGUUAAAGAGAUAUGUAUAACAAAUAAGAUGUCGGAGCGUUAUGAAGGUUCAUUUUUGCAGUCGUCCCAAAAAGCUAUUUCUUUAAUCAAAGGCGGAAGAGCAGAAUAUUCUGCUAAACUUGGAUGGCAGAGUAAUGGAAAGUUUCCUGAAGACAAUGUUUUUGGAGAAUGGGUAGCAUCUACUGUAGAUAAUCCUAUUUUAGUGGAAUAUGAGCUAGCACCGAUUCUGAACCUUGUAACCGGUAUUCCAUGUGCAGUGACAAAGCGACGCAACCUCCUAAAGGCAUUUGAUACAUAUUUGGGAAGGUUUGAUCCAUGUGUUUGCUCUCCAUGCCCAAAUAAUGCCAGGGUAGUUUUAUCUGGCAAAGAGUGCUUGUGUGUUUGUGAACCAGGGACCUAUGGUAAAAGUUGUGAGAAGCGCGCUCCAGAUUACAAUUCAGUUGUUGUUGAUGGUUCCUGGGGCUGCUGGUCCUCGUGGAGUAGCUGCGAUGCUUCCUUAACAAGAACUAGAAAAAGGGAGUGUAACAAUCCUUCCCCUCGCAAUGGUGGGAAGCCUUGUGAGGGUGAAUCGACACAGGAAGGUCACUGUUAUAUAUCUUUAUUUCAAGACAAAGGAGCACUGUGCAUUAAUGAUGAUGAUGAUAAGAAAGAAGUGGACCAAGAAAAUCCAGACAAGGAUAGUGGAUGUAGGAAACCAGAGCUACCAGAGAAUGGAUACUUCCCAGAUGAAAAGAAUUGGUAUGAAGUAGCUGAGGAAAUUGAAGUAGUGUGCCAUGCUGGGUAUGAACUUUCUGGGUAUCAGUUCCUAAGGUGCCUCCCAGACGGGACCUGGAAACAAGAGGACUUUGAAUGUAAAAAAUCGACUUGCUCUAGACCAAGUGUGUCUGAAGAUAUCACAAUAUUCCAAUUUAAAAAAGAGUACAGCGUUGGGGAAACUAUUGAGAUAAGCUGCCCUCGGGGCUUCACUGUAACUGGUCAGACCCGCUAUCGAUGUGGAAGUGAUUUGGCAUGGAAUCCUCCUAUAAUCAGAGAACUUAGUUGUGAAAAAGUACAACCAAAAGUAGAUCAAGGAAACUGCAAUCUGGGUGAAAAACAAGUGGGAUCUGAGUGUGUCUGCAUGUCCCCGGAACAGGAUUGUCGCCAUUACACAGAAGAUCUCUGCCUUUUUGAUGCAAAUAUUGACGAUUCGGUCACCAUGCCUAGUUGUCAGUUCUUGGCUAAAAAAUGCUUGGGAGCAAAAGAACUUCAUUUCUUGGAUAAUGGACCUUGCAAGGAUGUUAACUUACAAUGGGCCCGUGACAGGAUAGCACUGUCUGCAAGCAGCACCAAGAAAGAGCCUUGUGGCUAUGAUUUCUGUUAUGACUGGGAAAGAUGUUCGGGUUCUGAAUGUUUCUGCCUGGUGCCAAACCAGUGCCCUGAGAAUGGCUCACAGCUCUAUUGUGUCAAGGCUGGACUUUCUGGGAAACUGAGAACCGUCAACCACUGCUCGCUGGGAGCCAUAAAAUGCAGAAAUAUGAAGUUGGAAAUCCUUUACAAUCAUGCAUGCACGCAGUAAAAAGGCACAGGGAACAACAACUACUAAGAUACAAAAGAAAGCAAA